CACACUUUCUACUGUACAAGAAAGGAUUAAUAUAUCCUCAUUAGUUGACAUAAAGUAAUCAAACUUGUUGCCUCGUAUCAUGCGAUGACCUGAGUGGGCAUUUGCGAUCGUUCUCCUCAAAAUUAAACAAACGUUUUGUAUUUGAGAACAUCACAAAGUUUAUCUUCUAUGGUGGAACACUCGAAUAAUUUUGUUGGAAUUUUACAACGUAAAAAUAAAAUCCAAUUCGUUGAUUUCACAAUAGCCUCAAAGACAAUGCUUGGAUACUGUUUCCUUUUAUACUGAGGAUAAAAUCGUGUAAAUAUAUCUGAGGUUUCGCUUCGUGCAGACCAAAAGAGAUUACAGUAAGCAAGUAUGAACAGUCCACACGAAAAUCCCUAUUCCGUAGUUAUAAUCGGUAAUGGGCCAUCUGGUAUCUCCCUAUCAAAUAUCUUAUCUGGAAAUUUUCCGUACUUCAAUGGUAAAGUUCCUGAAUGCCCCCAACCAGAGGAAAGCUUUCUCUAUGACAAGUGCAAACGUGAUAUUAAUGUAUCCAUUAUUGAGCAGGAUCUCGAGUAUUUGAGCGAAGGUUUACAGGGAAGAUCAACCAAUCCUGUGGGAUUACUGUUUGAUCAUCUCAACCAACCAAAUGCUGACACUGGUCUACACGAAGAAUCAACACUCGCAUGGCGUCGCCACCACGACAGGGGUAUCAAUCACCUUGUUGUUGGGCGUGGUCGCUCUGGUGGCAGUUGGCACCAGAUGCAAGGAUCUCAGCUAACAGUCAGCCUUAACAAAUGGCUUGAUUUACCAGGCUGGACAUUCUCAGAAUGGCUGAAACAGCAUCAUAAGGAAAUCAAGCAAACAUCAUCAUGUUGUCAGCUUGCAAGAAAUGAGGUCGUUAGCAUGGGUAAUUUAUACGAUCGUGCUUCCACUUCUCAUGUGGCCGAGUACUAUGAAAACUAUGUCAGCCAGCAAGGAUUAGAAAAACAUUUCAUGAAUAAUACCACGAUAACAUCAGUGACACAAAAGGACAAUGUCUGGGAAAUUUGCGGCACUAAGAGAGUGUGCUGUAAAUUUUCUUCGUGCAAAAAAUCAUUCAGGGUGUUCGCGGAAAACAUUGUCCUUGCAAACGGCUUGUCUAAGUCGAAAAAACUGAGUAUUGAUGGCGAGGGGUUACCUUUUGUCCACCACCAUGCCAGAAAAGUUGUGCAGUUGACGAAACCAGACGUAAAAUCAAGCACGAAAAUCAGGAAGCCAGUGUUGGUUGUGGGCGAUGGUCUCAGCGCUGCUGAUGUUGUGUUAGAACUUUUCUCUCAUGAAAUACCUGUUAUCCAUGUUUUACGACAUGAUCUUAAUGAUGAGGAACUUGUUUUGAACAAGAUGCCAACACAAGUCUACCAUGACUACGCCAAGGUAAAGGAUAUGAUGGCAAAACCAGUGUUUACACCACAAGGAGACUGCUUGUAUCAUGCUUAUUUCAAAUGCCAACUUCUUUCCAUAUCUAAACACAAAGAAUGCAAACUCAAAAUGCAAGAUGGAAAAUGCCAAACAGUUCAAGUCUCGGCUGUUUUCAUUUUGAUUGGGUCAAGACCUGAACUCUCCUUCCUAAAAGAUAUCCCACCCCUUGGAGUGGACCCAACGAAAGACGUAGACUGCCGUCAUAACCCCAUUGAUAUUGACCCUUAUACCUACGAGUGUAAAAGAGUGAAAAAUAUGUUUGCAAUGGGGCCUCUGGUUGGGGACAAUUUUGUGCGUUUUGGGAUUGGUGGUGCCUUAGGCAUUGCAAGUCAUUUGCAUAAGUCUGCCAGACAGUGAACAAAAUAUGAUCAAUAAUAUCAAUAAAUUAUAUAACUAUGUAUUAUGUAUGGUGAUUAGAAUGUUAGUUCAUUUAGUUAGGCCAAUCAGUAAAAUAACGAAACAAUUACUGACUAUUAUCAUUUGGUCUUUGUUAAUUAUAUAAGCCUGAUAAUUCAUUAUUUAUAUCCAAUAUAAACAAUAUUUAUUUCAUAGAUUGUGAUUGCUGUACAACAGACUGUACCUUGUACAUCACAAUUAAAACUUGUGUACCAACAAACAAGCAAAUAUAAAAAAUAUUUGUAGAUUUGUAUCAA